AUGGAUAUGUCAUCGAACAUAGAGCUGGAGGGAUUGGAGCGGCGGGUUUUGGAUUUAGAGAGGCAGAUUUCUAUGUACGAACGAUUAUUUCAAACAUUUAGUGCCAAGUUAGACCACCAUUUCAAAAAAUAUGACCUUGUGCUUAAUGCUCAGCAGCAGCAGAUAAAUGUUCUCACGGAUGUUGUCAGUACGAUGUUGAACGACCAGUAUAGAUAUGCAGGCGUACUACGAGAUAAGCUUGCGGGAUCUUUGGAUGGGAUAAUAACGACAUCUGGUUCCAUUGGCACCAUCCAGCCGAAUGGGAGUAUGCUUCAUACGCAGCAGCAUACGCAGCAGCAGCAUACGCAGCAUCAGCAUCAGCAAGAACGUCAAGAGCCGCAGGCGCAGACGGGGCAACCGUCGCGGUGCCAAGGAGAGUCGCAGUCUGGAGGGCAGUCGCAACAGCAGCAACAUACGGGGGGGCAACAGGUGGGACAGGAAGCGCGGCAGAUACCAGAGCAUCGGAGAAAGCUAUCCAAGAACAGCCACGGCCAUCCGUCGAGUCAGGAUGAGGAUGAAAGGGAUCUGACGAACGUGGAUGCGAUCUUGGGGGAGUUUAUUCCUCCCCAGGUGUCUCCUGAUGAUGAAGAGAUGCAGGGGGGUUCUGUGCCGACCGCUGGUACAGCUUCGAGUUCAGCAGGUGCCAAACGCAAUGGCAUGAAGAAGCAUUCCAAAGGACCCAUUGAACACAAGUUUAUUAUAUCCAACGGGCGUAAGAGCAGUAGCAGGGGAGGGGGCGACGCAGGCGUCGCCGGUAGCCAUCACGUGGUUUCCAAGCGUCGCAGAGGCGACUUUGUUCCCCACAAGGAGUACGAAUUUCGAGAUGAUGAGUUCUCCACUCUCGGUACAGAUUCUCACCACGGCCUGGAAUCUGGUGCUGCCACCUCUCUUACGGACUCCUACUCUCAGCAAGUUGACGAUGACCACCCUCACCGACACCAGCAGCAACCUCAGCGACCCCAACCCCAAUCUCAAUCUCAGCAGCAACAGCAACCACAACAACCGCAGCAGCAGCAUGAACAUCAAAGGCCUGAUUCGGUCUCCAUUCCACCCGGCGAGGAGUCUCCAGCUCUCUCCUCCGCUCCUUCUUCUUCCUCCCACCUGGACACAAACGUCAAAGAGGAACAAUACUACACCCAUAGAGGUCUCAAGAAGAAACGCAAGAUCUAUGUCGGCAAAUUUGAAUUCCUUAACUCCCCCCAAACUGUCAUGGAUAUCUGGAAGGAAUAUACAGAAGGUUACAACGGCCAGCCGUCUCUACGAGACAUGGAACUCAUGUACCAAACAAGCUGGCGCCGCGAUGCUGCCGUUAACAAGCGCUUCCAUCGUCGGAAGGUCCUAUGUAAGGCAAUAGAGCGUGGUCUGGAGCGUGGUUACGACCUCAAUGAUGUCGUUCGUGUUUUAGAAGAAAGCAGGAUCAUUGAUUCUGCCAGGAAUCUCAAACAACCUAUUGGAUGGUUAUGCCAGGGCGUGAACAUUCCGGACAUGUUUAAGUAA